AACUUCUCAGCAUUCUCUUUGAACAUUUCCUUCAAUCUUACUAAGACCCAAAAGCAAUAAUGGAUUCAGAAAUAGAUGUCGACAACUCUCCAGCUUAUCGAGUCUACAAGAGUGGCCGCAUCGAGCGUCUCUCAGGAGAAACAUUCAAACCACCUUCUCUAACCCCCGAAAACGGCGUCGUUUCCAAAGACACAGUCUAUUCCCCGGAGCAUAACCUCUCCGUCCGCAUAUUCCUCCCGGAGAAAGCCUCCGCCACCGGUGAAAAGCUGCCACUCCUCGUCUACUUCCACGGCGGAGGCUUCGUCAUCGAAACCGCGUUUUCACCGACUUACCACGCCUUCCUCACAUCAACCGUCGCCGCCGCAGAUUGCUUAGCGAUCUCGGUGGACUACCGUCGUGCGCCGGAGUUUCCGAUUCCGGUCCCGUACGGAGACUCGUGGGACGCUCUCAAAUGGGUGCUCCCUCACGCCUCCGGAGCCGGACCGGAACAGUGGAUAAACAAACACGCCGACUUCGGGAAACUGUUCCUCGCCGGAGACAGCGCCGGCGGAAACAUCUGUCAUCAUCUCGCGACACGUGCGAAGCGAGAGGGGAUAGACUCGCUCAUCUCCGGUGUCGUCUUGAUCCAUCCCUACUUCUGGGGGAAGACUCCUGUUGACGAGUUCGAGACGAGAGACGAGACGAAGAGGAGAGGUAUUGAAGCGCGUUGGAGAGUCGCGAGCCCGAAUAGUGAAGACGGAGUGGAUGAUCCGCUGUUUAACGUGGUGGGGUCCGAGACGGUUGAUCUAUCCGGGUUAGGUUGCGGGCGGGUUCUGGUGGUGGUGGCGGGGGAUGACACGUUUGCGAGACAAGGUUUGGGUUACGCGGCGAAGCUGGAGAAGAGUGGGUGGGAAGGAGAAGUUGAGGUGAUGGAGAUUAAAGACGAAGGUCAUGUUCAUCAUUUGAAGAGUCCUGAUACUGAUAAUGCUCGUAAAGUGGUGAACAAAGUUGCAGAGUUUAUUAAAAAGGUGAGCCAAUGAUCAAAUGCGUCAAAAUCUACCAGAAGCGAGAUAAUUCAUUGCUUCAGCCUUCAAAUAUCGCAGAACUAUCCAGAAACGCUUUACCACAUGGUUGUACUCUUACGUAGCUCAUAUAAAACGAUCUUACUAUAAAUAGCACGCACGCGUCCAAAUUUUUUCUACACGUAUGCACUUGAAUACAUUGCGUGAAGCCACCACAAAAGUCUUCUUCCUCACCUUGCAAAACCGUCUACGUGUCUAGAGGUCUCAAAGAUACGCUUGUCUCCGCUUGGCAUUACAAAAAAAAAACAAGUUGCAUGGCACAAAGUUGGAUCAAGCCAGUUUUUGCGCUCUUGUUUAAUUCUUACUGUAGAAUAGUUCACUUAUACGGACCCUAUUGGGUACAUGUGUUGAGCUAUUUUGAAAGGGAGCUUAGAAGAUAAGGAGCAUCUUCUUUUUAUUCGAAGUAUGAAGAGAUCACUGAGGAGCCUGGUUUUCAAGUCAAGAGACCCGCUGAGUUCUUGAAACCGUCCAUUCACGGAGGAAGAGAGCGGAUCGGUGGAGUACAUCGUGAACUUGUGUACUUUGCCUAGUUUGAGCAGCUUGGAGAUUAAAAAGAAUGGGACGAUUUCCAUAACUCGGUAGGAUUAGGUCUCUGACUUGUGUCUCAAGUUACCUUAUGUUUAAAGCUUAAUUCAACAUUCUUCCUCCUUUAAGCUUAAACUUGCACAUCUUGAACUCCAGUAAGAUUUCUCAUCUCCUUGAAUUUUAUUUUACCAAACGAUUUUGUGAGGAUAUCUGCCUUUUGUUCACUUCCAACCAUGAAACACAAGAUUCUUUGUAAGCGCAAUUGCAGAUUUAUUGUCGACUUUGAUGGUUACUC